AUGACCAUUCCAAUUCGUCGUCGGUGGUGGGAAAACCCCACAGCUUCAGAGCUCGCCUGGUUCAGAGGCCUAUCAUAUCGUUCAAAAUCCGAAAUCAUUCCUUACCCCAUUACUGAAAGAUCCCAUCCGGACAUCCUUGCCGGAUUGGACCAAUGCUUUGACUGUGGCGAGCUCGGCCACAGUCGCAUCACCACUGGAUGCAUAAGCACCAACCCCGACCGUAAGGCCCCCGAUUUCAACGAUUGGCGUCGAUCCACCAACGGCAAGACUUACACCGUGGACAAGUUACGCAUGUCCAAAGAAGAUCUUGCAAGACUCGCCGCUGAAGCUUUGGAAGAAGUGAUUGAAGCGCCGAUGACUUUGUCUUCGGACGAUGUUGAUAUCCUCGACUCCAUCGAGGCUGCAGCCUCUAGUCAAGCAGUGGCGAGUCAAGCAGUUACUGACGCCACUGAACAUUCGGACGAUAUCGAUGAACUCGGCUCCAUCGAGGUGGAAGCUUCCUCAAUAGCCACUACGGCGAGUCAAGCAGCCACGUCCGUUACUGAACACGAGUUCAACGGAGGUCGUGACGGUUCGACCUCGAGUCAUGAUGGCCCUCAAGACGGUCAAGAUUACACCCAAUCUUUAACCGUGGAUGACCCGUCGGCAGAGGGCACUCAAAAUGAAUGGGCUCCAGGGGUUCGAGACGCGUCACGUGAGUACCUUGUAAUGACAUUAAUUACCUCGCAUCACUCAAACAAUUGGUACUGGUGGGCUAGGAGGGACACGCGCACAAACCCUACCACCUGGUUUAGGCCAGAAGGAAAUAAAACAGGUGCUAUUGACAUAUCGGAAAUAUCUUGA